CUUUAAAUUAAAACAAAGCAAAUUCAAUAUUGAUAUAUAUUUGAAAAGAAGAAGACGACGACGAGGAAGAAGAAGAAAUCUAUUUAAUUAUAUAAAAAUGCCAUCGAAAUUAAUCUAUGAAAUCGUUGAAAAUGAUAACAAUAUAGAAGCUCAAUUAAAUUGUUCUGAUGAAAUUACUGAAGUAUUGAACUCAUCAGAAUGUAUACAAAAAGAUAUAUUAACUAAAACUUUACAUAAUAAUGGAAAUAAUAAAAACCAAAUAAAGCAUAAAACAAAUCAAUCAUUAAAGAAUGAGGAAGGAAUUAGAAGCUUUUUUAUAUCUAAUCAAUUAUGGAUUGUUACUUUGUUAAUUCUAAUUAUCGUAAUUGUUAUUGCAUUAUUAUCUGUCUGGUUUGGAAUUGUAAAUUGUAAGUCCAAAUUAUCUGGUGUAGAUAUUGUUAAAGUACCCGGUGGUAGUCAAGUGAUAUCUUCCACGACAAAUGAGACGAUCAAUAAAAUAUGUUUGGAACCAAUUGAAUCAGGUCCAUGCAGAGCUUCCAUCGAGAUGUUUGCUUUUAAUGUAGACCAAUGGAGAUGUAUCAAAUUCAUUUAUGGUGGUUGUCACGGGAAUUCCAACCAGUUCGCUAGCAUAGAAGAGUGUGAAGCUGUAUGCCAUUAAGUGAAUUAUAAUUUCAAUAAAUAUGUUUCAAGUUAUGUAAUUCACUGUUUGAUUUUUUUUGGAUUUCUU